AUGACUCCACCCUCGCCUAUCACCGAGUGCUUCACCUGGCCCUACCACAAGCAUUUCUGCCGCCGCUCGACGCCUGCAACCGCCUUCUCCUGGCCGCCGCUCUCGAAGGAUGUCGCUCACAGCUUGCGAAGUUCGACGGUAAUCAUGGAGAUCGAGGACAUUGCGCGAGGGGUCAAGGCUGAAUGGUUCCGUCACGUCAGGGCUGAGGGAUGGUUCAAGGGAGACGACCGAAACUUCCUACUCGAUCAGCUCAACCGUCCAGCCGGCGAAUGCUUGAUUCCUGAACCUGCGCGCUCCAACACCAUCGCAACGAUCCGCUACGGGUUCACGCACACCUUCCACAAGGCUAGCGACGCUUGGGAUGGAGUUGCGCACGAGUACAGCGUCUUCCUCCAACACUGUAGCGAGCGACACCGCUUCAUCGGCCUCAAACUUCCGAACGACCUGCUCGAGCGACUCAACCCCUUCCUCCAGCUGUACCUGCUCUACGAGAUCCUCUACCUCAAGUUUGCACCACUGUCCCCUUCACCAGACUACUCAAUGCUCCCGUCGAUGGAGCGCGCAGCCGAAAAGAUCGAAGCCGCCGCUCGCCAGGUCGACGUCCCCCCAGAGAUCCGUGGCGAUCUCGUCAGUUUUGCGUCGGGGCCAGGACACCAACUGCACGUAAUGAUGAACCUGUCCGACGACGACGACCCCUGA